GUAUUCCAUCAAGGACCUUGAAACAAUGACUCAAGAUGAAGAUGAGAGCGUACGGGCAUUUGGGAUGCGUUUCCAGAAGAUCUCCGACGUGCUGAUGAAGAAGGGGAAGAUCUCAGAGGUCGAGCGCUGUACUAUCUUCAUCGGACACUUGUCCAAAGACCGAGACCGCAGAGAUCGCGAGCUGUUUGCGCGAGCAAGGAGGCUGGAUGAUUACCCGCGAAGCCCUCGCUAUGAGGCCGAUCGGGGUAGAGGCGACUUCCCCAGCCGAUGGGAGACAGAUCAGGGCCGACGAGAUGGAUAUAGGGACGACAGAUACGAGAGAUCGGACCGAGAUGGAUAUAGGGAUGAUAGAUACGAGAGAUCGGACCGAGAUGGAUAUAGGGACGACAGAUACGAGAGGUCGGGUCGAGAUGGCUACAGGGGUGGUAGGUAUGAAAGAGGAGAUCGGGACUGGGAACGACGAGAUGGGUCGCGCGGACGGCUUGAGCGCGGGGGAGAUGCGAGAGAGCAGCGCGACGAGUCGCGGGGUUGGUACAACCGAGGGGACCGACGCGAUGAGUCACGAGCGCGAUAUGACUCAGGGGACCGCCAGAAUGAUUCGCGAGGGCGGUAUAAGCAAGGAGGGUCUGGAGGAGACCGCCGCAACGAUUUGCGCGGUCGGAAUGAGAGAGGGGGAUAUGGCGUCUCAUCAGAAUCAUAUCCCAAGUCGCCUGACCCCAAGGCAGCCAGGAGUUCGAUCUCUAGAAGCGCGGACAACAGGCCAUCUACUCCCAGAAACUCAUGCGUCUACUGUAGAGGAGAAUAUUAUAUCAAGAGGGAUUGCCCGGACGUCAAACGGGCAAUAGAUGAGGGACUUGUCGUGCUUGACGACCGCAAGUACGUCAAGUGGGCAGAUGGUCUGGGAGAUGUAUCGAUGUUCCCUUCGAUGAAGGAGAAUAUCGCAGCAACGAGAGUAAAGCCGAGUAAAAAAAAGGAGCCGGUCUCGAGCCAGAGCAUCAAGAUAACCUUUGAGGGGGAUAUGGCGACCACACCCAUAAGGGUGGCAGCCACCAAGUCGGCGAGAGGGUCUACAUCGAAGAAGACUGACACGGAUUAUGUGAUGACAGAGAAGGACGGGCAGCGGGUCGAUGGAGAGGAGGUUAUCCUUUCGCCGCGAAAGAGGGGAGUGAAGAAGUUCUUAAUGAAGAGUUCGCUGGACGAGAUUGACACGGUCGAGCCACUGAGGCGGGUCCUUCGGCAACCCAUGCAUUGCUCUAUUCUGGUGUACCUGGCGGCAUCGAAACCGGCUCGUGUGAGUUACAGAUGAUCAGGCGGAAGACUCGCAUAUUUCUAACGGACGAGGGUCAGGGGGCCCCAAAGGCGGAAGCUCCUACAGUAGCAGUAACGGGGGUGACUGCCAGAGCGGAUCGCAUGGCGACAGUCCUUCCUGCAGGUGCUUAUCAGUGAAAUACUAAUGUGACAUUCCCGCUGCUAGCGGGGCUAUCAGUGUCACAAAUCAAGCAGAUCCGCUGCAGGUGCUCAUAAGUGAAAUAUCAAUCAAACAUUUCCGCUGCGGGCAGGGAUGCUGUUCAUCAUGACCAAUCAAGUACAUUCCGCAGCCGGUGCUCACCAGAGGGAUAAUAGUCUGACCUUCCCGCUGCUAGCGGGAACAGCGCUCACCAACAAAACUGAUCAGAAAAG